AUGCUGGGUUUACAAACAAACAAACAGCCCGAUGAGAACACAGCGUGCGUCAAAGACGACCAAUCAAUUAACCAUCCAUCAACGUUCGGCGAGUCUAUGCGAGCGGGCUGGUUCGGCGAAGGGAGAGACGCGCGCGCAAACGGUACGGGACUUUUGUGCGAGCGCGGCAUUGUUGGUGGGCAGCUGUGGCCGUGCAUCUGGAGACGGUGGGAGCCCGGCGCAUUGUUGUCGCGUUGCUGGCAUUGCACGUGCUCUGCCCUCAAAGCUUACCGAAAACUACCAACCAACAGUAGUAAAUUAACAGCGUCCACACCAACUACCAACUGUUUGGUGCAUCUUCUCGAUAGACAAGGCGUGUUCUUUAUAGCGUCAAAAGCUGCACACAACAACACAGUCGGCACACACACAGUGGCACCUCGCAAACAAUGGCCCGCACUAGAACAGGGCACUGGAUGUAAAGACGCGGGUACAAGCACGGCCCGCCACUCCAUCACAAUAAAUCCGGAUGCGGACCUCACAUCUGCCGCGGGGCCCCAGAUAUCGGCGAGACGACCCCGAUGCCAGGCGCGAGGUCAAAGACCAUGGUCACCGUAUGCGGCGAAAAUAAACCCGGCCGCAGAGUCGGCCAUCUGUCCCGCACGUGGGCCCCGUUUUCGGGGUCCAUGGGAACGCGACGCGGCCGCGAAUGCGGGCCCCGAAUGGGGUCGCUCGAUGGGGGCUCGAUGGGGUCUCAAUGGGGGCGCUUCGGGGGCGACGGGGCCCGUGCGAGCGCUCGCG